AUGGCUACAUUCAUCACACAUAAUAUCAUGGGCACCGCCCUUCAAACUACCGAGAGGUAUACAGACUUGCAAGCACGAGAUGUGGGUGCCUUUGGAGCAAUAUGCUCGGCACAUGAUUCAAUGGCCAACCGAACGGUCGCUAUAAAGAAGAUAUGGAAUCCCUUUGAUAGCCCUGCCCGGGUCAAGCGCACGUAUCAUAUCUUCAUUUCACCAGCGGAAGAUCUUUAUCUUGUAAUGGACUGUUGCAUGACAGACCUUCAUCAUUUGAUCCAAUCAAGGCCGGACCCAUUGGAAGGCGAGUUCAUCCAGUUCUUCACCUACCAACUGCUGCGAGGGCUAAAAUUCAUCCACUCUGCUGGUGUGAUCCAUCGAGAUCUCAAACCUAGCAACAUUUUGAUAAAAGGAAACUGCGACCUGAAGAUUUGUGACUUUGGUCUUGCCCGAGAACAAGAUCAUCAGAUGACUGGCUAUGUCUCCACACGAUACUACCGAGCUCCAGAGAUCAUGUUGAAUUGGCAGAGAUACAGCUUCGCGGUGGAUAUCUGGAGCACUGGUUGCAUCCUGGCAGAGAUGCUCCUACGGAAAGUUCUCUUACCAGGCAAAGACAAUGUGCAUCACUUCAAACUGAUCACUGAGAUCUUUGGGAAGCCACCUAAAGAGAUUAUGGAAACAGUUUACAGCGACAUUACGAUGGAGUUUGUGAACUCCCUACCUGAAAUAGAACCCAGGCCACUUGCACAUACGCUGGGAGAUGUUGAUCCUGAAGCCGUUCAUCUCUUGGAGAAAAUGCUUGACAUAGACCCACAAAAGAGAAUCGCAGCGGCAGAUGCUCUAACCCAUACAUACGUUUCGACCUAUUCGGACUCUGACGAUGAACCCGAGUGUGAGAAGCAAAUUGACUGGUCUUCGUUAGAUUCAGAAAUGACUACGGAACAAUGGAAGACCAAAAUGUAUUUCGAGAUUCUGAACUAUCACACUGGUUCCUACAACUGGGAAGACACUAACCCUAAAGCCCAGGGAAGAUUUGAGGAUUGGAUGCGCAAAGAGAUAACGGUGGUCUCUCCAUAUUCAUACACCAUGGCCGCAGAUCGUUUAAGCUCGCUCCUGAGCCACCUCAAGCCCGGCGCCACCAACGGCCUCGCUGCUAUUACACAGAAGAACCCCGACGAUGUGGUCAUCACCCUAGCAAUCCGCACACCGCUGACCAAGGCGCGUAAGGGCGGGUUCAAGGACACAGAAUUGGACUACAUGAUCUACGCCCUGCUGAAGGAGACUCUGGCCAAGUCACAGAUUGACCCUGCUCUGAUCGAGGAUGUCUGUCUCGGAAAUGUCAACGAAGUUAAAGCUGCCUACAUGGUCCGCGCUGCAGCUCUUGCCGCCGGUAUCCCCCACACAGCCGGUGCCUCAUCAGUAAACCGCUUCUGCUCGUCCGGGCUGAAGGCUGUACAGGAUAUCGCGAAUCAGAUCCAGCUGGGCGCCAUCGAUGUCGGUGUCGCUCUGGGUGCGGAGCUGAUGUCCGCCUCUGGCGACCGGCUGGACAGGCCGUUCAACGAGGAGGUCUUGCGCAACCAGGAGGCCGCCGACUGCAUGCAGCCCAUGGGACAAACUUCCGAGAACCAGGACCGAUAUGCCGCCGAGUCCUUCCGCCGUGCUGAGGCUGCUCAGAACAACGGCUGGCUCGAUGACGAGAUUGCUCCUAUCGCUGUCAAGGUUAAGGACCCCAAGACUGGCGAGGUUAAGGAAGUUACUCUAUCCCGUGAUGAUGGUAUCCGUCCCGGUACUACUUUCGAGUCGCUUUCCAAGAUUCGCCCUGCUUUCCCUCAGUUCGGUGAUAAGUCCACUGGUGGAAACUCCAGCCAGGUUACUGAUGGUGCCGCGUCUGUUCUUCUCAUGCGCCGCUCCAAGGCUAUCGAGCUGAACCAGCCUAUCCUUGCUAAGUUCUGUGGCGCUACCGUUGCCGGUGUUCCUCCUCGCGUGAUGGGUAUCGGCCCAACUGCUGCUAUCCCUAAGCUGCUGAGCAAGUUCCAGCUUGACAAGAAUGAUAUCGAUAUCUACGAGAUCAACGAGGCUUUCGCCUCUAUGGCGGUCUACUGUGUUAAGAACCUUGGUCUUGAUCACGCCAAGGUCAACCCUCGUGGCGGUGCUAUUGCCCUUGGUCACCCGCUCGGCGCAACAGGUGCGCGCCAGAUCGCGACCAUUCUGAGUGAGGCUCGCCGGACAAAGAGUAAGAUUCUGGUCACUUCCAUGUGUAUUGGAACUGGACAGGGUAUGGCUGGUCUCUUCGUCAAUGAGCAGCUGUAG